AUGACUCAACGCAUAACACCUCUUUCACGUCAAACAUCAAUCCUUUUAGUAUGUGAUUUGCAAGAAAAAUUUCGUCCAGUAAUAAAAUAUUUCACUCAAAUUGUUGAAACAUCAAAUAAAUUAUUACAAGCUUGUAAACUUCUCGAUGUACCUUUUGUUGUAACAGAACAAUAUCCAAAAGGUCUUGGUCGAACAGUAUCCGAAUUGGAUAUUGGUGAUACGAAACCUUUUGAAAAAACGCUCUUUUCAAUGUGUACACCCGAUGUGAUGUUCAACAUCAAGGAACAAGUUAAAGAUUUUAAUACUGCUAUUAUUUGUGGUAUUGAAGCUCAUGUUUGUGUAUUGCAAACAACUAUUGAUCUACUAUCACAAGGCUAUCGUGUGUAUGUUGUUGUUGAUGCUGUUUCUUGUCGAUCGCUAACUGAUAGAAUUUAUGCAUUUGAUCAUCUACGUCAAGCGGGCGCUUUUUUAACAACAUUCGAAUCCAUUGUUCUUCAACUUGCACAAGAUGCUAAUCAUCCAAAUUUUAAACAAAUCCAACAACUGAUUAAAACAUCUGCGGCUGACACAGGACUUCUUCCAUCACAUAAUAUGCCAAAUUCAUCGUUAUAA